GGCUCGACGAGUUCAAAACCGAUUUGGUUACACCCAAUCACCUGUUUGGGUUUUUCGCCCAUACUUAGAAUUUUGAUUUUAUUUAUACGGACGAAAACAGUAAAAAAAUUGUAUGUUUAUUGUAUGAAUCGAUGCACCAGAUGGAUAUGCGGAGAUGUUUUGUAGUGUCGUUUUGAUGCGGAAAACGCUGUUGCAGUGUUUGUGAAUUUGAUUUGGAUUGCAGCAGUAUGGCGGCGAACGGGCCGCCGUUGGGGGAGACUAGAAAUGACGGUAUUGAUAGGCCUACGAAUCCUAUGGUGACGCCUUUAUUGACGGAUCUUUACCAGUUCACCAUGGCCUAUGCUUACUGGAAAGCCGGCAAGCACAACGAACACGCAGUGUUUGAUUUGUAUUUUAGGAGAAAUCCCUUCGGAGGGGAGUACACAGUCUUUGCUGGUUUGGAGGAGUGCAUUAAAUUAAUUGCUAACUUUAGAUUUAAUGAGGAUGAAAUUGCUUUUAUAAAAGCGUCGUUGCCGCCUUCAUGUGAGGAUGGCUUCUUUGAUUAUCUUCGAGGAUUGGACUGUAAGGAUAUGGAGAUACAUGCGAUUUCUGAGGGAUUUGUUGUAUUUCCCAAGAUACCUAUGAUGAGGAUUGAGGGGCCAGUAGCUGUGGUUCAACUCCUCGAAACCCCUCUUGUCAAUCUCAUAAAUUAUGCGUCCUUAGUAGCGACAAAUGCUGCACGCCAUCGUUUUGUUGCUGGGAAGUCUAAGCUUCUUCUUGAAUUUGGAUUGAGGAGGGCACAAGGCCCUGAUGGGGGUAUAGGAGCAUCAAAGUAUUGCUAUAUGGGCGGAUUUGAUGCCACAAGCAACGUGGCUGCUGGAAAAUUAUUUGGAAUACCACUUCGGGGAACACAUUCUCAUGCGUUUGUCAGCUCAUUUAUGAGCCCUGAUGAGAUUACUGAGAAGUCACUUCUGAGCAAGGAUAGGUCAAAAAUUUGCUCCGACUUUGUUAGUUUGGUGCAGACAUGGUUAAGGGAUUUAAAGGGGUCUCGUUCAUUAGGUGAUCACUUUGGUGAAACAAACCAAAGUGAAUUGGCAGCUUUUGUCUCAUAUGCCUUGGCUUUCCCAAACAAUUUUUUGGCCCUUGUCGAUACUUAUGAUGUUAUGAGAAGCGGUGUUCCUAAUUUUUGUGCAGUUGCUCUAGCUCUAAAUGAAUUGGGUUAUAAAGCAACUGGUAUUAGAUUGGAUUCAGGUGAUCUUGCGUACUUGUCAUGUCAGACUCGAAAGUUUUUCCAGGAUAUCGAAAAGGAGUUUGAAAUACCGAACUUCGGAAAAACAAGCAUCACAGCAAGUAAUGACCUCAAUGAAGAAACUUUGGAUGCUUUAAAUAAACAGGGUCACGAGGUUGAUGCAUUUGGAAUUGGAACUCAUUUGGUUACAUGCUAUGCCCAACCUGCAUUGGGUGUUGUUUUCAAAUUAGUUGAAAUAAAUAAUCAGCCUCGCAUUAAACUUUCUGAAGAUGUAUCAAAGGUAUCCAUUCCAUGCAAGAAAAGAUGCUACAGAUUAUAUGGGAAGGAAAGUUACCCUCUCGUGGACCUUAUGACAGGGGAAAAUGAACCACCUCCGAAGGUAGGUGAGCGAAUCUUGUGUCGUCAUCCUUUUAAUGAAUCCAAAAGAGCAUUUGUGAUACCACAGCGUGUUGAGGAGCUUAUGAAAUGCUAUUGGCCCGGAAAAUCAGGAAAACCAAGAGAAGAGCUACCAUCCCUCGAACUGAUUAGAGAACGGUGUAUCGAUCAACUGGAUCAGAUGCGACCUGACCACAUGAGAAGAUUGAAUCCAACACCAUACAAGGUUAGUGUAAGUGCGAAAUUGUACGACUUCAUUCAUUUCUUGUGGCUCAAUGAAGCGCCUGUGGGAGAGUUGCUAUGAAAAUUAUGUGAUGCGCCAUAUAUGGAAGCCAAGAACACUCCGAUUACCUUAUUAAACCCCUUACAUGUUUAUACUUACAUCCGAAUCACAUAGCCAUUGUUUUCUUGCUCCGGGUUGUUCAAUAAUUGCUCUAUACCGAUCUGGCUACUUUCAUCUUAACAUUGAAAGUGAAUAUUUGCUCUUCACAAAUUGUUGGCUCUUUUAUUAACCUUCUUUUAAUGUACGGUUGAGAAUCUCGGGCGGAAGUUUGGUUAAUUACUUAAGGUUUGAGUACCGAUGAAAUGCGAAAGGUACCUCCUUGAAGAUUUUUACACUGCUCUCCCGGUGUAGAAGCAGCAUCCUUUUGCAAAGCUGAAUGGAAAGCCGUGUUCAUCUAUGCAAUUUGAGUACUUCUCUGUAGCACAAAGGCGCGGCGGUAUCAUUUGGCUCGUAGGGUAGCAU